UACACAGCACUCGAGCUCGAGCGACAACAAUGGCCAGCUAGCUCUCGGGCAUCGAGGGCCAGUGCCGAGUUCAGUGCGUCGAUAAAAUCGACAGUCGCGUUUGACACUUUUGUGUAUGUUUUUUUUUUUUUUUUGUUUUGAACCAAAGUUAAAAGUCCAAAAUGAAAAAAUCCGAGUCCGAAUCCAAAGGUAAGUCGGCGGCACCGACUGCAGACCAAGCCAAGCCGGACAAGCCUCGGCCAAAGCCAGCUCACAAAGUGCUCGACAGGUCGCAGAAAGUUUCCAAUCAAGUGAACGUGACAAAUAUCGUGCAUAACGGUCCGAGGCUGCCUGUAAAACAUCAUCAUAAACCAAGCACCUCGCAGCAGCAGCAUCAUCACCACCCCAAGCCCAACACCUCCCAUGUUCAGAAAGCACCGGGACAAACGCCGAGUUUACCAGCAGCUGGCACAAGCCAAGCCAGCACUCACGAGAAAAAAUUCAUUCCUAAACCGAAAAAUUUCAACAAACCAGUGGAACAACAAUCUGCAUCCAACAUCAGUAUUAAUCUUUCAGUUGAUUUACAAACCCUACUGAAUGUGCUGCCUCAAAAUCAAAAUUUGCCUCGUCCUUAUAACCCUCCGAAUCAUCAACAACAAAAUCAAAAUCCACCUGGUAACUUUAAGCCUCAAAAUAAACAUUAUCAACAACAGCAACAACAACAUCAACAACAACAACAAAAACAGCCACAGCAACAUAAGAGUGGUAAGAAUGAUAAUGAAAAGCCUCAUCGAGUGAACAAGCAAUCAGAAGGAACAAAAGUGCAUCACAAAUCUCAUACCGAUAAGCCAGCUCGUUCAUAAAAUUUUAAUAGCUCAAUGAAGUUAAUA